CCUUCUCUCUCUCUCUCUCUCUCUCUCUCUCUGCCUCUCUAUUAUGCCGGUGGUGUGUAGAGUAUGUGGACGAGUGGCCAGGCUUUCUCUCUGCGCAUGCCGUGGACUCUGGUCUGACCGAGUGGAGCAGCGGAACAUGUUCUGGGCUUCCUUCAACUUCGCAAACACCCCUGUGUGCGCUAGGAAGAGAAAGACUGCUGCCUCACUCCUCUGAUGAGGCUCCCACACCCGCUCCCCCCCCCCCAUCCAACGCACGUCCUAUCAGCCGCAUGGAUAGCCAGUGCUGCCCUCGCCCCCCCAUGACCCCCCCCCAGCCGCAACUUAACGGGCAGCAGAGACGCCCCCCCCUGGGCCGCUCCCCCGCGUCGCUGGACACCGCUGUGCUGUCCGAGUCGCCCUCGCUGGCAUCGCUGGCCCAGACGGAGGAGCUGUUCGACCUGAUCGCCAGCUCGCAAAGCCGUCGCCUAGACGAUCAGAGGGCCAGCGUGGGGGACCGCCUCACCUUCGCCAUCACUCAGAACAACAUCCGACACCUGUGCGAGGCCUGCAACCCCAAGGAGCCCACCGAUGAUUUCUUCAACAUGCUCAUCAAACACCAGUCCUGCAGGCUGAAUGACCAGAGGUGUUCUCUACCGGAGUGUGUACCGGGCGCGGCAGCGUCGGACGCUGACGAGGCCUUCUUCAGCCUGAUCCAGAGAGUGCAGGCCAAGCGCAUGGACGAGCAGCGCGUGUCCUUCUACUGCGACGGCCCUGAGGCCAGCGGCCCCGCCCACCACGAGCACGAGCACAAACCCUCGUCACGCCCCACCUCCGGCUCUAGUUAAAGUCUACCAGACGCCAUCACACACACACACACACACACACACACACACACA